AUGCUAAACCAAGGAAAUCAACCAUUGUGAAAGUUGAUAUGGACAAAGUUGAUGUGGGAAGCAAAGAUACUGAAAGUGAUGACCUUACUUGUCAAAUAUUUCUUCCUCGGAGGAAUGGUGCUGUUCAAAUAGUGAUUCCCGAAGAAACUCGUGAAGAUGUAAAACAUGGUUCAGUUUACAGGUCAGGAUUUUCAGGUUCAGCAGAAUCAAAUACGAGCCACCGGAAUGAUAAUUAUGUUCCUAGAAUGUGUAAGCCAAGAGAUAACUGCUACAUUGAAGUUUCAAGAGCAGGAAGAACAAGAUCAAUUGUUUCUAAUUGGGAAGGCAGGGAUCAGUCCCCAAGUCAUGAAGAACCAACAACAAGCAAUUCAGCGUUGGGGGCUCCUAGAGGCCGAAUAUAUUCAUCUAGAGGAAGCACUCAAGCAGCUGAAACUAAUAUCGUAACUAGCGAGAAAGAUGUUUUAUCUGUUCUAAUCGAAGAGCAUGAUCUAUUUUUGAGUUCAACACGGUCACGCCUGACAAAAUUGCAGAUUCUGCACCAAAUGUGGCAAAGAAAUGACAUCAGGGGUGUUUUCUCAACGCUCGAGAAGAUGUCUGGUCAUGUUGUAUGUGCUGAUAUGGCAAGUGUUAUGAUGGAGAAAAGCAAAGCCAUCGCACUAGAUUUAUGUACCACUAUCCUGCCUGUCCUUGCUGACCUUCUGGAGAGUAAAACUGACAGGUAG